ACCGGAGGGGCCACACUCCAGGGCCUCCAGGGCCGCGUGGGGCGUCCUCACACGAGAGCCGACGUGUCGCCGAGAACGAGGGCCCAGUGGUCACGGGGGAAGAGGCGCACCAGCACGACUUCGCCCGCGCCGCGACCCGUUUCAAAUUCCACUGCAAGCCCAGGCCUCCGCGGCGCAGGCGGACACAUGAGACUUCCGCAUCUGUCGGAAGCUGACAGGGAACUUCCGGCGCCGGGCAGAACUUUUAGGCCUGGUGGAGGCCGAGGCGAGACUUCCGAUAAAGGGCGGAACCUGGCUGGGACCUCCGGCGGUGCGGGCGCGGGUGGGUGGGGUUUCCGGCGGCCCGGAAAUGUGGGCUAGGCGGGACUUCCGGCGUUGCGGGCGCGGCUUGGUGGGACUUCCGGUGGCACGGGAGUUGGCAGGGCGGGCCUUCAGGCCGCCAGGCGGGACGUCCGGUAGCCUGGGCCGAGACAGUGGCCGGGACUUCCGGUGACGCCGGAAGUGCGGGUGGUCAGGCUGCCGGGUUGUGGGGCAGCGUCAGGGCUGAGUAUCUGUGUCUUGCGCCUCAGCCUGCGUUCUGGGCGUCGCGUGACUGGGAAGCGACGGGAGGCAGCGCACGACCCGGCUGGCACUGGGCGGCGGGCUCGGCGGCGGAGUGACCGCUUAUUGCAGGAGUGACCAGGACAUCACCUUGUAGAAGUAAUGCCCACAGAAAGCGGAAGUUGUUCAACUGCUCGCCAAGCAAAACAGAAACGCAAAUCUCAUAGCCUUUCUAUACGAAGGACUAACAGCUCGGAGCAAGAGAGGACAGGCCUGCCAAGAGAAAUGUUGGAAGGACAAGAUUCUAAGCUGCCCUCCUCAGUUCGCAGUACACUUCUGGAAAUGUUCGGUCAAAUAGAAAGAGAAUUUGAAAACCUUUAUAUUGAAAACUUAGAAUUGCGUAGAGAAAUCGAGACUCUUAAUGAGCGUUUAGCUGCUGAAGGACAAGCAAUCGAUGGGGCAGAGCUGAGUAAGGGCCAGCUCAAAACCAAAGCCAGUCACAGUACCAGCCAACUCUCCCAGAAGCUGAAGACCACGUACAAGGCCUCCACCAGCAAGCUCGUCUCCAGCUUCAAGACCACCACGUCGAGGGCUGUGUGCCAGCUCGUGAAGGAGUACAUUGGCCACAGGGAUGGCAUCUGGGACGUCAGUGUGGCGAGGACACAGCCCGUGGUGCUGGGGACUGCAUCUGCAGAUCACACGGCGUUGCUGUGGAGCAUCGAGACCGGGAGGUGCCUCGUCAAGUACGCGGGCCACAUGGGGUCAGGUGAGCGCCAGCAUGUCCACGGCUCUCCAGACGGGGGUGUGCUGGUCGCUUCUGGAGAUCAGACUGCUCACAUUUGGAGAUACGCUGUCCAGUUGCCAACACCCCAGCCCGUGGCCGACACUAAUAUAGGUGGCGAGGACGAGGUCGAGUGCUCUGAUAAAGAUGAGGCCGACGUGGACGGAGACGUGUCCAGUGACUGUCCUACCAUCCGGGCGCCAUUGACUUCCCUUAAGAGCCACCAGGGAGUGGUCAUAGCUGCCGACUGGCUGGUCGGGGGGAAGCAGGCAGUCACGGCGUCCUGGGACCGGACUGCUAACCUGUAUGACGUGGAGACGGCGGAGCUCCUUCACUCUCUGACAGGGCACGACCAGGAGCUCACGCACUGUUGCACACACCCCACCCAGCGGCUCGUGGUGACCUCCUCCCGGGACACGACCUUCCGCCUGUGGGAUUUCAGGGACCCGUCCAUCCACUCUGUGAAUGUUUUCCAGGGCCACACAGACACUGUGACGUCUGCCGUGUUCACCGUCGGAGAUAAUGUCGUUUCAGGCAGUGACGACCGCACCGUCAAGGUCUGGGACUUGAAGAACAUGAGGUCCCCCAUUGCGACCAUUCGUACGGACUCCGCCAUCAACAGGAUCAAUGUAUGCGUCGGCCAAAAAAUCAUUGCCCUCCCGCAUGACAACCGACAAGUGAGGUUGUUUGACAUGUCCGGAGUGCGGCUGGCACGGCUGCCCCACAGCAAUCGGCAGGGCCACAGACGAAUGGUGUGCUGCUCGGCGUGGAGUGAGGACCACCCUAUGUGCAAUCUUUUCACCUGCGGCUUUGACAGGCAAGCCAUUGGCUGGAAUAUCAACAUCCCUGCGCUGUUACAGGAAAAGUAAGGUGGCCGGCGCCCCAUUCUGGUGGUUUGCCAUGGACCUGCGACUGGGGCAGGCCUUGCUCAGACUGACCAGCCGUUUUGUGAUAGCUGGACCCUGAGAAGGGGGUUUGUAUGUGUCCGUUUCACAUUGUACCCAGCUUGCAUGAAGUGUACAGAACUGUGGUCCUGUGUUUUAUUCCGUCAUUUGUGUGCGCUGGCGUCCUCUGGUCAGUGGGAGUGAAGCCUCUCCCUACAGCACGUCGCGGUGACUCGCUGGCAUUGGCCAGGGGACAGGAGGCAGGCAUCACACUGUGAGUCUAGGAUGAGCCUGUGUGCUCACGUGAGCGGGAGUUGCCUGGCAUUUCUGGAACAGUCCCACGUAUCUCCCUCAUCCUGGGAAGACGGCAGAGCUGUGUUUAUGUCGGCUGACGAAUGGCAGGAAUGAUAAAAAACCCCACGUUUACUCCGUGUGAAGUUGUAGCAUGUGCUGUCGUGUAGUUCACCUUCCGCUCUGUUCUGUUACAGAUCUGUGAAAUUAACCUGGAUCUUAGAAUUUACAAAAAUAGCAUAGAAUGUUGAGUUUGCAACAGAGAGUUUCUUUUGAAAAGAAAAAGGUUUUGCUUUUUUCAUAGAAAAUCAUUUCAAUUUCCUGAGGUCUCAUAUUAGCAAAUUCUAAAAUAUAAUGAUUCUAAUCACUGAUUUCAGAUCUUAAGCAAAAUUUAAAGCACUUUAGUUUAUAGCUAUGGUUAUAAACAGUCUUUAGAAGUUUCAAAUGACUUAUCCAUUGAAUGUGACUUGACCUUUUUAAGAAGCCCUGCUACCUGAAAACAAAACCUUAUUUAUUUUCAGCACCUUUGGUUUGCCUAUUUCUACAUGGGUUCACUUUCUUGGUGGUAUCUGAGAGCCUACAUGCAAAUAAAUGAGUACUACCUCAAAAAUAAACGUGUCGGAAGCUGGGGAGCUCACUGUUGCCCAGCUAAGCACUUUGGCUCUUAGCUGGAAUACCGAGUUGAGUUCACAAAGCAAGAAAGUCAGUCAGCAAAUGUACCCUGAGGAUGGAAGGCACUUCCACUGGCUGACAAGGCAGCAGCCAAAACGAUAAUUCGCAGAUGACAAGAUGCCCUUGACACCUUUCAGUGCCAAUCCUCCCACUGCCGGGGUGGGCCCUUCAGUGUCGCCUUUUCAGCAGUUACUGAAUCUGAUGCUUGUGAUUUAUUCCUGUUGAGUUUCAGUUUUGACAGACAUCUCAGCAUACUGCCCUUCAUAUUUUUAAUCCUUUAAACAUGUCCCCUUGGACACUGGCCCUUGGAGAGGCACAAGAGGGUAACCCUGAAAACGGCCUUGGGUGACCCCGUGCCCUGUGUGUCUGUUUUGUAGUGAUGGGAGGCUGGAGCGCCCCAGGCCCCUUUCACUCAGGCCCUGCAGCAGCUGGUCUGCGGCACUUCAGCCCUGUGUCAUUGGUGGUUCCGAAGUGAUUUGCACAGCCCGGGAGGGAAGGGGCCCGGAGAACCAGUGCUGAUGUGGUCCCGACUUGAGGUCGCUAACCAAGGGGCAUGCAAGACAUGCCUUAGAGGGACUUUAUUUUUAAAGCUCCAGAAUUGGUUGUAUUUUUAAAGUGUGACAUUCGUCCCGAGCACACUGAGAUCACAGUUGGGCUGUCACUGUGGCCCUGCCCACCAUACCCCAAAGGCAUGAGCACGACCACUUCUCAUCGAUGGGCUGCACAGCCCCCUCGGGUUCCUUUUGCGUUUUAAUGUGAAUGGUCGGUGUCUCAGAAUCAUCGUUAGAGCAUUGGAAAAUAUAUACAAGUAGCUAAAUCAAACUUAAGAAGCAGACCUCUGCCAGAUGAAAAACAUUUGAAGCUUUUAGAUACAUAUUCAUGAUGGCCAUUUAGUUCUGUGCAGACCAGCACCCUUCACGGCUGGCAGCUGCUCCUCUUGUUGCUGAGGGGAGGGGCUGCUCUCCUCACUUGUGUCUGAGGGUGCGAGGCCUCAUGGUGCUCCAGCUGGUCCCCGGAAGCAGGACACGCCCCUGCUGCUGCUGCGUGUCCUCUGACGGGGUCCCGUCCAGCUGCUCUGGCCUCAGUGCCGGUGAUGUCAGGAGCCAUGAAGGAGACGGGUUAGUGUGUGUGCAUGAGUGUGCGUGUGCAUGAGUGUGUGCAUGUGCCUGGCUGAAAUGGUCAUGUGAUCAUCCAUGUGUGAGCUCAUGUGAAGUAGCAUCUGGAAACGGAGUGGUUUUGUCCUAUAUGGUGAUAUGUCCAGAAUUUCAUUUACUGAUGGAAGGAGAAUGUGUGGUUACUGAGGAAUGUAUACCGAUAAGAAUUUCACCCAAGACAUGCUGUUGGACAAAGCAACACUUUCUCAACCGCUGCACAUCAGUUUCUGUAGACUCAAAAAUUCUGUGCCUAUUUUGAAAUCUGAAGAAUCCUAUGUAAAUUAUUUGUUGCUUAAAUCUGUGAAAAACAAGUUUCUUUGGGGGGAAAGUAUGCAUUUGUAAGUGUUGUGUAGAAGCGAGUGUUUUUAUUGUAUUGAUGUAAUUGUUUUUAAGUGUUCAGCGUCUUCAUUGUAUUAUGAAAUUCAUUAAAAAUCCAUGUUCCAUA